UUCCUUUCCUCACUAUGCGUAAAUUUAAGACAAUUUUGAUUUUAGUAGCAAUCGUAUAGUAACAAAAAAAAAAAAAAAUGAAAACUUUAAAACAAAUUAAAAUUAUUUUAUAUGUGUUUGGUACUUUCUUGUGUUUGGCUGAAGCUACAGACGAAGUCAGUAUUGAAAUUUUUAAAACAUUAAGUGAACUGAAUGAUAGAUGGUUGCAAGCUAUCUCUAUUCCAGAAGCUGCCAUGCUGUUGAAACACCCACCUUAUAGCCACCAUGUAAAAAGACAGUCUUUGAGUCAUGUAAAUAUUUCUGAAAUUUUGUCGCAAAAAAACUAUUCUUACUCAGCAAAUGAAGCAACUGAAGGUACAGUAAGAAGCUGCAGUGACGAUUUAGUACAAAUUAUUUAUAAUGUGGAAUCUGAAUGGGCCUUACAAAUGUUGGAUUCUGAUGGCAAACUUACCAGUGGGCUGUUAAGAGGUGGAUUAAUAUGGCCAGGACAUUACGGCGAAUGCAAUUCUGUUUAUGCUCCUAAGGAUGAAGAUGGCCAUGGGGACUUUUAUGGACAAUACUGCGUUACAUCAUGGUCUAUGAAUUUAGGAGGAAAGUACUCCAAUUUGCCACUAACUGUUGGACUAUGCAUUCCUGACUCUUGUACCGGUGAAGACAUACAAACUAUUGUAAAGAAUGUUUUUCAUAUUUUAGAUCGUUUUCCAGUACUAAAACAACACAGUUCACUACUAAGCCUAAAAAGUGUGACCUGCAAACCUAAAACAAAAACUCUGGAUGUUUCUAGCAUUAUUUAUUUGGUUUUUGUUUUUGGUUUUGUGCUUCUGACAGUUAUUGGAAGUAUUGUAACUAUAAUCGACAGAAGAAAGCGUCUUAAGCUGACUAUUGCAAAGCAACCGAGGCAAGGAAAUUCUCAAAGCUUUGAAGCUAAUACUGCAUCUUAUGUCUCUGAAGUAUCUGAAAUAAACGCUGUAACAGAUGAAAAGCUACCAGCAGGGAAAACAUCCGAAAGAAAUGAAAUUUCAAAAACAUCUGAAAGAACUAAAUCUGAACCCACUGCCAUACAGAUAUCUGAAAAAAAGGAAUCUUCAACUGAUACUUCCAAAACAUCUGAAAGAACUAAAUCUGUGCCUACUGCUCUGAAAAUAUCUGAAGAAACUGAGUCUGCGUCGCAUAUACCAGAAAUCUCUGAAACUAACCUUACAGUAAACAAAGAAAUUUCUUCUAGUGACAAAGCUUCCUUAAUGGAUAAUCCGGAACUGGGAGUUGUAAUUCACUCAAAAAAAUCAGAUGAUUCUGUAGCUAAGAGAAUUUUGCUAUGUUUUUCUGCAAUUUGUAAUGGAGAAAAAAUACUAGAUACUCGUGUAUCAGAGGGUCAGUUGUUGAGUAUUCAUGGAAUACGAUUCUUGAGUUUAAUAUGGGUCAUAUUAGGACAUACGUAUAUUUCUUCUGUUUCUAUUAUUGGUAACAGAUUGGAUGCUUUAAAAGACAUGGAUACCUUUCCAUUUCAAGUGCUUCUGCAAGCUCCGUUUUCAGUUGAUUCAUUUUUUCUCCUCAGUGGAUUCCUCUUAACCUAUUUGUUUCUGAAAGAAGCUGCAAAAAGAAAUGGAAAAAUAAACUGGCUAUAUUUUUAUGUUCAUAGGUUUUGGAGGUUGACGCCUGCUUACAUGGUAAUUGUUUUCUUCUACAUGUUUGUUUUCAAAUACCUUGGAUCUGGACCUUUCUGGGAAGACAAGCAUUGUGAUAACAGCCACAGUGACUGGUGGAAAUACUUGUUGUACAUAAAUAACUUUAUUCCCAUAAAUCAAAUGUGUGUAGGUUGGUCGUGGUAUCUUGCUAAUGAUAUGCAGUUUUAUCUGAUCAGCCCUCUUUUCCUGUAUCCUUUAUGGAGAUGGCCGAAAAUAGGAUUUGGUGUAUUAGUCUCUUUACUGUUGGCAACAUGGACUACAACUGGCGUUCUAAGUUACAAAUAUGACCUUAUCCCAAUGUUCGUAGGUGCUACUAAAACGAAAGAUCUGGAAGCAUACGCAAAAAAAAAAAUGUGGGAUUCUUUCGAUUUGAUAUACGACAAGCCUUAUUGCCGAAUUGCUCCGUAUCUCAUUGGCGUUUUCUUAGGAAUAGCAUUGUACAAAGUGAACUCACGAAAGAAUUUCUUAAAUUGGUGGCAACAAGUAACAGGUUGGGCACUCGCUUCAUUCUUCUCACUCAGCGUCGUUUUUGGUCUCUAUCACGUCCAGAUGAGUAGACUGACUUCCCUUUUCUACAAUUCUUUGUGUCGAUCUUCAUUUUCACUGGGAUUAGCGUGGCUUAUUUUUGCAUGUGAAACAGGCCAUGGAGGUUUUGUCGCUAAGUUCUUGUCCUGGAAAUUUUGGAUUCCAUUAAGUCGACUGACUUAUUGCGCUUACUUGGUCCACCCGAUUCUUAUUCAUGGUUAUUACAUGUCUUACCAGACCGCUCUAUAUUUCACAGAACUUGUUACUGUAACCAAUUUCAUGGGAUUCAUGGUUAUGUCUUACGGAAUUGCUUUCCUUUUUUCUCUAGUAUUUGAAUCUCCUUUGAUGAACUUAGAAAAGCUAAUAAUCAAGAGAAAUUCUCAAGAGAAAUAAACAAGACAGUAUAUGUAAAAAAAUAAAUAAAAUUUUAUUCAUUGUA